AUGUAUCCUGUAUCCUUACGCUGUCUUACCUUGUUGUCUCUGAUCUUGUGUGGAUGCUUGAUUUUCGUUCAAGCUCAACAAAAUCUAAAGACCACCACCAAUCCAUUCGAGUAUACCACUCAAUUCCAACUCUCUCAAGUGGCUGAUCAAAGUAUUAAUCCAGGUCCUGUAACAAGAUAUCCAGAUGCUCAUGAAAAAGCAACCUCCUUUUUCAGAAAUCAAUUUGGUGUUGAUAUUUCAGAUGGUGGUAGCAAGUUGCCAAAUGGUGCUCAAUAUUUGGAAGGUUCAAGUUCUGCCUAUGUGGUGAAUUAUGCCAAAGUGAAAGGUUUUCCCAUUGUUGCUGGUUCUCAAGAUUUGGGAGUUCACGACGAUACUUUCACUGUUUGGUUCCAUGAACCUGCUGUCGUUCAUGGUGCUUAUGGUGGUCCUAAUGGUACAUGGGUUCCUGCCAACUCGGUGCUCAUCUUUGGUUAUUAUACCUUCUUUUACAAGAAUAAUGGAUCCACUGCUUUUCCAAGAGUCACCUGGAUGGGUGAGAUGCCCAUGCAAUUCAGUGCUGAUGGUACCUUAUUCAUUGAUUGUCGUUUGAAGAGUGUUAUUUGGGGUGAAGGAAUGGCAAGAGGUAUCAUGACUUAUGCUUUUGAUCCAGUUGAGAAUAAGCCUUACAUUCGAAUUUUCAGUUCUCAUACCUAUCCUGCCAUUCAAAGUGAUAUUGCUCCAAAAUGUGCCUUCCACACCACUGAUCGAUUUGCCUAUAAGGAAGAUUUCGUAUCCAAGUGGAAUAAUGUCUUAUUGAGCACCAUUCGUGUUCGUAAGACUGCUCCACCAGUGGCUGCUCGUGCCAUGGCUAUUCUUCACUUGGCCAUUGAUGAUGCCUUGUCCAAUUGUAAGAGAAGAAAAUUCAGUUCAAGAAAGUGCUCUCAAGGAACUUUGAUUGCAACCAUCUCUCAUGCUGCAUAUCGUGUCUUGACCAACUUGUUCCCUGAUGAAAUUGAAUGUUAUACAAUGGCUUUGAAGAGAUCUUUGGAGAAUUCUCAAGUGACCUCUUUAGACAAGGAUGACUUGGAAGAUAUCAAGAGAAGUUCUUUAUUGGUGGCAGACCGCGUGUUGAGAUGCCGUGAUAACGAUGGUUCCAAUGAAUACGUCGAUUACCAAUUCUCUGAGGCCGAGAAUGCCUACAAACCAACUGCUCCAACUUAUCAACGAUUCCCAUCCUUGCCUCAAUGGCCAAAAGUUGAUCCAUUUGCCAUUCACGAUGUUGCAAGUUAUAGACAAGGUGCUCCACCAGCUCUUGGAUCUGCUCAAUUUGAAGCUGAUUUGUUGGAAGUUCAAACUUUGGGUGCCAACAAUAGUGCUGUUCGUACGUUCGAUCAGACAAGAAUUGCCUUGUUCUGGGCUGACAAUAGUGGUACUUCCACUCCACCUGGACAUUGGCAAAUCAUUACUCAAGGUGUCAUUCGUCAAAAAGGAAUCACUGAUUUGUUCAAGAUUUCAGCCAUCUUCAAGUUGGUGAGUGUAGCUGUUGCAGAUGCAGGUAUUGUUGCAUGGGAUCACAAGUAUCAUUACAACACUUUAAGACCAUUCACUGCUGUUUCACAAAGAAAUAGAAAUUCAAAUUGGUGGCCAUACAUUGCCACUCCACCAUUCCCUGAAUAUGUGAGUGGACACUCGACUUUCUCAGCUGCAGCUGCUCGUGCUUUGAGUCUUGCAUUUGGUACUGAUGACGUGACUUUUGAAACUGUUUCUGAGGGUUAUAUUCAACAUGUGAGAACAUUCACAAGCUUCUCAAGUGCUGCCAGAGAGGCUGGUAAAUCAAGAAUUUAUGGAGGUAUUCACUUUGAAUAUGCCAAUAAGGCUGGUUUCAAUGCUGGUGUUGCUGUUGCAAAUACUGUCUUCAAUGUCAUGUGUAAUGGUGGUUCUUGCUUGAAUUAA